AGUGCAUCUACUAAAGCGAGUGGCUUAGACGGUUGCUGUGAUGUUGCUGUUCCCUCUCUGUAGUGGACUCGCUCUGUGAGGAAGUGCAGCACUCAGCGCUCAGGUCUGAUGGCAGAGCAGGGCAGGGGGACUGUGCAAGAGAAGAAACCAACACCACCUAUCUGGGAAAUCUAGAACAACGGUGGACAAAAAGAUAAGGAGGAGCAGAGUCUGGGGAACUGAGAUCUCGUUGUGUCUACCCACCCCCCUCUGCUUUCUCUCAUAUGCACACACACAGAUGCACUCUCCCCUUGCCUCUCCCCUCUUUUCUCCCUGUUUGUCUCCUCCACUCUCUCCGAUGCUGGUGUGGUGAGCAGCAGGACUCUCUUGGCUGAGCUGCAUGGAGGCACAGGGAGGGGCAGGGAGCCCAGAGCCCAGUAAAGACAUCCAGAAACUGUUGAAGCCCUCCAGCUCAGGUGACCUGUCCAAGGAGUUGUUCCAGCACCCAGCAGAGGAGGAGGAGGGUUGUCUGUCAGGGCACACUGCUAGCCUUCUGCACAUGACUGAGAAGAGACAACCACUGAGUAGCGUCUCUUCUUUAGAGGUGCACUUUGACCUCUUGGAUCUGACUGAGCUAACGGACAUGUCUGACCAAGAACUGGCUGAGGUUUUUGCUGACUCUGAUGAGGAGAACCACAACGAGUCUCCAGCAGGUCCCCACCAGGCUGUGCCGCCCAGGGGUGGGUACAUGCGCUCCCCCUCAUGGACCCGCUGCAGUAAAGUCGAGCCGCAGCGAGAAAGAAAACACCACAGCGACUCAGACACUGCAGAGCCCUUAAUGAAACUGGAAAGACCGAAGCAGCCGUGAAAUCUGACGUAGAACAGCCUGACUGCAGUGAGAAACCCCAGAGCCAGACAGACACAGCCAGAGUGGGUGGGAAUAAAGAGGACCAAGAGGCUGCCAUCUGCCACCAUGCACUCAUGAAAUGUUUCAUGGUGCUGAACAGAUGAGUCCAGGUUGAACGCUGGUCACUGUGCUCUGUACUCUAACUAAAGAUAUUGAGAAGUACAAUACACACUUUCUCCUCUCUCCCUCUGCUCAAUUUCUCUCUCUCUCUAACUCUCUCAUGUACACAAACACAAUCAUUCUUUUUCAUGCAAGAGGUUUUUAAUGCACUCUAGGCUGCCAGACGAUUUUAAGCUUUGUUUCUGAAUGACAGACAGGGUAUAAGGCGAACAGAAUAACAGCACCUCCACCCUUACUGCCUCUCAGGGUGAAAGGUAGCCUGGACGGUAAGACUGGCAGGAAAAAUUGCGUCCAUAAUUAGACGCCAGAUCUUCCAUAUGAGGUUCAGACACUGUCCUGGUAAUUUACAUUGAAUUAUCAGGACAUGUUAAAACAUAAAUCAAAUUUAUUUGAUCAAAAGAUCACACCCAAACUGUUUCUUCAUAUUUUGCCUGAAAAUAAGGUCUGUUGGCUGCAAAUAAGGUAACUUGAGCAGUGGAAGUGGGUUUUAGUGAGGCCACAAUCUAUCCAUAAGACAUUCUCCAUUUCAGUGAAGAAUGUGUGUUGUGAUUUUAAAUGCCCAAAUAAAAAUAUUGCACUUCUCUCACUGAAUUGUAUUUACAAUGCCCUCCAGAAUUAUUGGCAUUUGGUGCAGAUGAUUCAAAAGAUAAAGAGACCAAGUAGCAGCUAUGUGCAGUACACAUUUAAUACUUCUGUUCAGAAUUUGUUUGGAUUUUUUUCUUUAUCGUUUUGAAAAUUAUACCUGCCACAGUCGCUGCUGCUAAGCUAAAUAAAGUUGGUAAUCCAAAGUUGGAGGUCAAAUUCCAUUAAAAGACAUGCAUUCACUGGAUGGGUAAUACUUGAAUCAGUUACAAGUGAAGAUACAGCAGAUCUAUGCCACAGUCAGGUGGAAUUGCCAAAAUUUCAACAAAGUGCCAACACUUUUGUAAUCAUAUUUCAAAAGAUGGAAUCUUUCUCAUCUUUCAAAGUAAAUGUUGUAGCUGAAUACUUGAUUUAUUUAUCUCAUGUUAAACAUAUCUAUACCUGGAGUGCCAAUAAUUCUGACUGCUGUGACACAAUGAAUUAAGGUGAUACUGGGAUGGUGCAGAAUAAAUAAAAGUCCUGAAAAGUAUGUUGUUGUGUGUUUUAUCAGUGGAGUCACAUUCUGUUUAUAUAGCACACUCAAUAAACCUGUUAUCACAUGUGAUUUAAGUAUUUAGUUAAAAUAUACAGUUCUGUCCAGUGUUGUAGUGCUUGAGUCCAGGACUGGGACUCGAGCCCAACGAGUCCAGAUUUUCAGGACUCAAGACUCGACUCAGACUCGAGCACUGACUGCAUUCAGACUCAGAAGUUGGAGGUGGGGACUGA